AUUAAUCACUUCUUCACCGCUACGACAAGGGCAUCUUACCAAAGAGAAACCAAACAGCUGCCUCUUUUGACACAUUGUCAUUUACGGAGUAGGGCCAUGGACGAUGAAAGUCAACACGUGGGUAGCAGAGAACGUGCCGUUACACUAGACACUCAGGACCCCCUUUCCAGGAUCCGGCAAGAGUUCCUCAUUCCGUCCAAAGCUCAGCUCAAAGCGAAAAGCUUGACGGAAGCAGAAUCUCAUGACCCAUCUUAUGAUGCCUCCGUCUACCUUUGCGGGAAUUCCCUAGGCUUGCCACCGCGAUUGGUAUCGACACGUCUCCAACAGCAUUUUGCAACGUGGUCUUCUCAGGGCGUGUUUGGACACUUCAAACCUCUCACCGGGUCCCCAUUGCCGACAUGGUUAGAUGCGGACUCCAAGGCAUCAGAAAUGAUGGCUCCUAUUGUGGGUGCUCAGCCUGCAGAGGUGGCAGUCAUGGAGACCUUGACUGCCAACUUGCAUCUCCUCAUGGGUGCCUUUUACAAACCGGAUAUAACUGGUCGUCAUAAGAUCAUCUUAGAAAGCAAAGCAUUUCCUUCUGAUCAUUUUGUUGUAGAGACUCAAAUAAAACAUCACAAUCUAGAUCCGAGUGUAUCAAUGAUAGAAAUAUCCCCGCCAUCUCAAACCUCAUCACUUUUGACCACAGACCACAUCCUCUCAGUUAUAGACAAGCACGCUAGCGACACAGCACUCCUCCUCCUCCCAGGAAUCCAAUUCUACACCGGCCAACUCUUCGAUAUCCCCACCAUCACAGCUCACGCCCGCUCCUUAGGGAUCUUCGUCAUCUGGGAUCUCGCCCACGCAGUCGGAAACGUCCUGCUUCAACUCCACGACUGGGAUGUCGACGCAGCAGCCUGGUGUUCCUACAAAUACAUCAACGCAGGCCCAGGUGCCAUCGGUGGGCUCUUCGUCCACGAACGGCAUGCCCAGGCAGAAUUCCCUGGGCGAUUAGCAGGAUGGUGGGGUAGUAGCAAAGAGACACGUUUUGCAAUGGAUAACCAUUUCAGCCCAAUACCUGGCGCGAAAGGGUUCCAGCUUUCAAAUCCAUCGAUUUUGGAUAUCACGGCGCUGAAUGCUUCGCUUGAGGUGUUUGCUCUGGCUGGUGGCAUGAAGUCGAUCCGUGAGAAGAGUGUGAAAAUCACUGCCUAUCUUGAGAAACUUCUUCGCGGAUCCGAGAGUUUUAAUAGGAAUCUGUUUGAGAUCAUCACGCCUGUUCAAUCCUCGGAACGCGGUGCGCAAUUGAGUUUGAAAUUGCGAGACGGCUUACUGGAUGUGGUCAUGAAGGAGCUAGAAGAGAGGAGUGUCGUUGUGGAUGAGAGGAAGCCAAAUGUGAUACGUGUAGCGCCAGCUCCUUUAUAUAACACGUAUGAGGAUUGUUGGGCUUUUGUGAGAGCGUUGGGAGAGGCGCUAGAUGUUGCGGUAAAGGCGAAGAAGGGGGAAGUGAAAGCGGAGGGAACUAAGGAAUUGGAGGCAACGACAUAA